GGUACCACUUGAUUGAAGUAGGAGUAAAAAAAUUAAGUCAAAGUAGAAAAUUGAAGCUUCUUCGUUUCUGCAUUUGUCCAUUUUGCUUGAAGAAUCAUGCAUUUCUAGUUAGUGCUGCUGAUCAAGGGAUUAUCGAGGCUUGGUUCUUCUGUACACCUGAAUCUGAACCUUGAUUAUCAAACAAAACUCUCGUGUGGGGAAAGAUGUUUGUAAAAUAUUCGAAGCAUGAAAGUUCAUCCAAUAAAAAAUGUCCAACAGUUAUAGAAGAGCUAUGUCAUCAAUUUUCUCUUGAAGAACUUAGGAAAUCAACCAAUAACUUCGCUGAAGAUCGAAAAAUUAGAAAAUCACUAUUCAGUAUAGUGUACAAAGGUUAUCUCAAACAUAGUGGUGAAACUGAGUAUCCAAUAGAAGUGAAGCGGAUGAGAAAUUUAUCCGACGAAUGGAAGUUCAAGAAGGAAAUUGAACUCCACAGUAAGCUUCAUCACCCGAAUUUGAGGUCUUUUAUAGGAUUCUGUGAUCAUAAAGAUGAGAAAAUUCUUGUGUAUGAGUACAUGUUAAAUGGAUCUUUGUAUGAUCAGUUACGUUCAAGGAAUAUGGAAUCACUCUCAUGGAAGAAAAGGCUUGAAAUAUGCAUCGGAGCUGCUAAGGGACUACACUACCUUCACACUGGAACAAAGCGCACGGUUUUUCAUUGUGACAUAAAACCUCAAACCAUUCUUUUAGAUAAGAAUAUGGUACCAAAACUCUCACAUCUUGGAUUUUCUUUACAAGGGAAGCUUUCUAAGUCAAAUCCAAAACCAGUUAAAGUUGACACCCUUAUCGGUACAUUGUUUUACAUGGCACCAGAGUAUGUCCGAACCAAUACUUUCACAGAUAAAUGUGAUGUUUACUCCUUUGGUAUGGUUCUACUUGAAGCAGUAUGUACAAACUACAAAUAUACCAUCUUUGAUAAGAUGAACGUAUUAGAUAAUCCAAAUAUAUUUUUAGAACGGCCGAAUGAAGUAGCUAAAUUUUUGGAGAGGUUUGCAGCUUAUGAGAUUAUUGAUCCCAUUCUCAUGAGAUUGAUUGCGCCGUGGUGUUUGAAGGUGUUCAUGGAUGUCAUGAAAAAAUGCUUGAAUAUAGACCCAAACGAAAGACCAGCAAUGGGCGAGGUUGAGGUUGAACUCGAGCAUGCUCUAGCACUGCAGGAGGAAACAGAUGAUGGGAAAAUGAAUGGAGGUUGAACUUGAGUAAGCUCCCAUUUGGGUUGAAAAUGUACAGAUGAUAGUUCUUUGGCUUGUGGUUGCCAAAUACAAUUCUCUGGAUCAAAAGGUUAUCAUUCUCUGGAUGAAAAAAUUAUUACUGCAAAAGGAAAACUAUUUUAAUCUUAUUUGACAAUAAUAUUUUAUCAUAAUAUAUGCCAAAAUUUAUAUCACUUUCUAUAAA